AUGAGUAUGCUCAGGCUGCAUAAGAGGCUUAACUCUAGUGUCCUCCGUUGUGGCAAAAAGAAGGUCUGGUUGGACCCCAAUGAGACCAAUGAAAUCGCCAAUGCCAACUCUCGUCAGCAGAUCCAGAAGCUGAUCAAAGAUGGGUUGAUUAUUCACAAGCCUGUGACUGUCCAUUCCCGGGCUCGAUGCCAGAAAAACACCUUGGCUCACCGAAAGGGUAGACAUAUGGGUAUAGGAAAGCGAAAGGGUACAGCCAAGGCUUACAUGCCAGAGAAGGUGACCUGGAUGAGGAGGAUGAGGAUUCUGCAAAGGCUGCUGAGGAGAUACCGUGAAUCUAAGAAGAUUGACUGCCACAGGUAUCACAGCCUAUACCUGAAGGUUAAGGGGAACGUGAUCAAAAACAAGCACAUUCUCAUGGAACACAUCCACAAGCUGAAGGCAGACAAGGCCUGCAAGAAACUCCUGGCUGACCAGGUUGAGGCUCGCAGGUCUAAGACCAAGGAAGCUCGCAAGCGUGAGGAGCAUCUUCAGGCCAAGAAGGAAGAGAUCAUCAAGACUCUAUCUAAGGAGGAAGAGACCAAGAAAUGAAGCUUCCCUCUCUUAUCUGUACAUAGUGGCCUCUGAUUACACAGAUAAAUCACUGAAAUAAAACAAGCCUUUAU